GUAGAGUUGAACUGUUCAAAAUAUACGAGAUUACAAAUAAUAAUUUUAUUUUCGUAAAAUUAGUUUUUUUUUCCAACAUUUUAUAUUUCUGUUAGUUUAGCUGGAAAAAUGUCGGAAAAUAAUUACAAUUUUAACAGUAACGGAGUUGAUGGUGUCGAUUACAACAGCAUAGACUCUCAAGACAUAACGAUGUCUUCACCCACACAAAGCAAUCCCAUGGCAAUUCCUCAAACGAAUUCCAAUUUCAACUCAGCCACCAACAGUGCUGGAAUUAUUUCGAAUGCUUCAAAGACAGCCAAUCACAUUGAAAGCCAACCGAUUCUCUCGAAACCUCGCCUACUUGAGUUGGUUCGAGAAGUUGAUGCUACUGCACAACUAGACGAAGAUGUGGAAGAGUUGCUUUUACAAAUCGCAGAUGAUUUCGUCGAAGAUGCUGUUAAGUCUACGUGCGCCUAUGCGAAACAUAGAAAAGCGUCCAAGGUGGAAGUUCGGGAUGUUCAAUUGCACUUGGAACGCAAAUGGAACAUGUGGAUUCCUGGCUUUGGCACCGACGAACUAAGACCAUAUAAGAGGGCUGCAGUAAGUGAGGCACAUAAACAGCGAUUAGCAUUGAUAAGGAAGACUAUUAAAAAAUACUAAACAUUUUGUACGACACACUUUUAUAUAGGAAUUAAUUGAAAAUAUAGAUGAAAUUUUAUAAA